UACAUAAUACGCACAUAUACAUAACCAACAUAUAUGUACAUGUAUAUGUACAUAACCAAGAAAAUAUUCAUUAAUUGAUUAAUACUUAUAAUUGUUUUAAUCGAUGUCUCAACGUACUAAAGUUAUCCAAUUAUACAAGACGCUCUUGUAUAUGGGUCGUGAUUAUCCAAGAGGUUAUGAUGUUUUCAAAAGAAAUCUAAGAAAAGCUUUUGAAAAAAAUAAACAAGAACGUGAUCCUGAGAAAAUUGAUAAAAUGUUGGCUCAUGGUAAUUUUGUUAUCAAAGAAUUAGAAACUUUGUAUAUGCUACGCAAGUAUAGAACUUUAAAGAAAAGAUAUUAUAAAGAAUGAAAGAAUAUUGUAUUACAUUAUAUUGUGCUCAUAUGUUU